AUGUCUAGACCACCUAUCCUGAUUUCCGAAUUGAAACCCGAUCAAAAUGUGUGGAAGAUAGCAAUUCGUGUUGUCGAUCUAUGGGACGGUGAUCAGAUCCACGUUGUAACCCGCUCUCGUGACUUUGAGAUUUGGAAAAAGACAUUGCAGGAAAUGCAAACCUAUAUAGUCUAUAAUGGUGAAACAAUGAUCAAUGAAAUGCCGUGUAAAGUUUGUGAUAACAAAUACAAGGCGUUCUUUAAUCGUGCGACAACAGUCACUGCCGUUGACAUACCAGACAUUCCAACACAUAACUUUAACUUCAAGUCAUUUUCUGACUUCUUAAAUGGAGAGUUCAUUGUUGAUCGCCUUUACGAUAUUCCUUAUCUGAUUCAUGUUCUUAACAUAAUAGGUGCUGUCCAACAUGUUGUUAUGACCCAAGUUGCAGGUGCUGGGAAAAAAGCUUGCGUGAACCUCACUUUGUCAGACAAAUGUGGGACUGAGAUAGAUGUUACUCUAUGGGAAGGCUAUGCUAACCAAUUUAUGAAUUAUGCGGCUGAAAGAAAUGGGAAGCUUAACAUUUCCAAUGCUUGGAGUGGAUCUAAACUGCUACUCAAUCAUGAUCAUCCACAAGUUGAGGAAUUUAAAACAAAAUUUCUGGAUGUUAAUCAAGAACAAACUGCUACCCAGUCAUUUUCUCUGAAUGCAUGUUCACAAGGAGCAAUUGACGACAGGGUUUUUUCAUUCACCAAGGAUGUCAUAAGCAUUGCUGACAUGGGAUCUCUUACUGAGGAAACCUUCUGCAAUACUGUUGGGAAGACAAUGCGGUUAAGAGCCAAUCCUUUCGGCUGGUUUUAUGAGUUGUGUCCAACAUGUAACAAAACAAAUCAAUCUCCCGGUAACCCAUUCCGGUGCAACUUCUCUGAUAAUAACUCAGCUCCAAUCACUAAGUAA